AUGGCUACCUCGCGCCGCGGCCUUUGUUCCACUUACUUGUCGCGCUGUCAGCCUGGCGACUUCGUACCUGGAUGGAUCAGUCGGCCGUCACCAGGCCUUCCCUUUACAGCCUGCCUCCCCUCCACAUCGUCACCCUGGUCUAACUCCAGCCCAGGACUGGCUCUGCCACAGGUCCCGCUUCUGCUCCCAUCUUGCCUCAUGGUCGGCACAGGUACCGGAGUGGCACCGUUCCGCAGUUUCCUCAAGCUGCAAGCUUGUCUACUCGGCCAGUGGACAGACAAACCGAUGAGGCCGGCGGUCGACGCCGCCCCUGUCGGCCAGUCGACUGGUGAGGAGGCUGGGUCGUUUGCCAUCGCCGAGACCAGGGCCACUCGGAUACUCGGUUCACCAGUCCCAAGGGCGCGAAACCUGCUCUUCUUUGGCUGCCGAGAUCCCGACCGUGAUUUCUAUUUUGCCAACGACUGGUCAGAUCUAGAAUCCAAAGGCAUACUUCGUCUGUGUACUGCCUUUUCACGAAUCCAGACCGACGCAAUGUACGUUCAGCAGCGGAUCCGCCAACAGGGCCACUUGGUUGCAGAUCUUCUUUUAUCAACCGCAGUAUUUACCUCUGCCUCGCCUGACGGAGCCAAUGCGGAUCAACCGAUGCACCAUUACAGUCCUCCAUUCGUAUUUGUGGCCGGGAAUGCAAAAGAAAUGCCCACUGCAGUCCGUGAAGCCAUCGUUGAAGUGUUGAUUGUUAAUGGCGCACUCUCGCAAGAACAGGCGGAAGAAUUCGUUCGCCAGAUGGAGGUCUCCGGCCGCUAUCGUGUAGAGGCGUGGGCAUGA